GAUAUCCACAGCCCACAUAUCGGUGGCUAAAGGAUGGCAUACCAAUUGGCGAUUUUUCUUCCAGCCAAUAUUAUCGGUUGCAAAAAACGAGGCGCGAGGAUGCUGGUAGCUAUCAGUGCAUAGCAAAAAACGAUGCUGGUUCGAUUUUCAGUGAGAAAAUUGACAUCGAAGUUGCAUAUAUGGGCAUCUUCGAGAACACCACACUUGGCCAUCUUACGGUGACGUCAGGUCAUCCGGCCAUUUUCGAUUUGCCAACCAUCGAGUCACAACCGUCACCUUCGGUCAUGUGGCAAACGGUUGAAGGUCCGCUGAACUAUGACAUCAAAUAUGCCGUAACCAAAUCGAAUCAAUUGAUUAUACUCAGCGCCGACGAGGACGAUCGUAAAGCAUAUCGUGCGCGUGCUAUAAACACACAGCUGGGGAAGGAGGAGAAUAGCGCCUUCAUACAGUUGAACGUGAGUGGGGAUCCGUAUGUUGAGGUGGCACCCGAAAUCGUUGUCCAUCCACAAGAUAUGAAAGUGAAGCGUGGCGAGCAGGUGGCCGUGUUGGAGUGCAUCGCUAAUGCGCGGCCGUUGCAUGAAUUGGAAACAUUGUGGCUAAAGGAUGGUAUACCCAUUGAAAGUGCUGGUGUGGCGCAUACACUUAACGAUCCUUGGAAUCGUUCGCUGUCACUGCUAUCCGUUAAUUUAACACAUUCCGGCGAGUAUACGUGUCAGGUGCGACUACGUAGCGGUGGCUAUGAUACGGUGACCGUUAGCGCCAAGGUGGAGGUAUUGGAACCACCUACAUUUUUCACACAAAUGCGCACGGAAACCUUUGGUGAAUUUGGUGCGCUGGUAACGCUGACGUGUGAUGUUGUGGGCGAUCCAAUGCCAGUGGUGAAGUGGUACAAAAAUGCCGAACCCAUCGAAGCGAAUGACGGAAAAUACACAUUUCAGGAGGACAAUUCACUGAUCAUCAAAAAGCUUACACUCGAGGACGGAGCCAUGUUUCAGUGUCUCGCCAGCAAUGAGGCUGGUGAAAGGAGCGCCUCCACUUGGCUGCGUGUUAAAUGUUUGCCACCCAAAGCACCUACUCCAACUACAACCAUUAUUACUCAUUCGAAGCAUAUUGAAUUGCGCAUGACUACAGCUAAUAACAAUCGACCGAAUGCAAUUCCGUUGCAUUUUGUUGAAAAGCGUAAAUCAUCGUCGUCAUCGUCGUCGUCGUCGCCAGGAUACGUGCGCAGUUUGUUGCAUCGCUUCAAGCGUUUGGCACAGCCGCGUAUCCUGCGUGUAAGAGCAUCAUCAACGCAUUCUGGCAUGGGUACUGGCUAUCGCCGCAAGGAUUUUCGCUUUGGUAUGGGCUAUUUAUCAUAA